AUGCCAAUACGUCGACGAGGUUAUGCUAAAUAUAUAUUGCUAAUUUUAACAAUAUGGCUUGGUGCUAUUGUUUUAUUUACUUUUCGUACUGAUUCGUUAUCUCAAUCAAAUAAUGAUAUGCAAAUAAAUGUAGUCGAUAGAACUGCACCACCAUCAUUAGUUGAUCGUAUCAUUGGUGUUCUACCAUUUAAAACAAAGGUUGAUAAUGAUCAUCCACCAGAAGAACGUCUUCGAGCAGUUGAACAAGCACGUAACAUGAGUGGUCAAGUACAAGUUGUUGCACCUGAUAUGAAUAAUGGUCAUAACGAUCCUAAAACUGGUGGACCAGGUGAAAUGGGUAAUCCAGUUCGUAUUGAUAAAGAUAAAUUAUCAAAAGAAGAAAGAAAAAAAUAUGACGAUGGAUGGCAAAAUAAUGCAUUUAAUCAAUAUGUUAGUGAUAUGAUUUCAUUGAGAAGAAACUUAGCAGAUAUACGUGAUCCUGAAUGUAAAAAAGUUGAUUUUCAUCCAAAUUUGCCAGACACAUCGGUUAUUAUUAUAUUUCAUAAUGAAGCACGUUCAGCAUUAUUACGUACAGUUUGGUCUGUUAUUGAUCGUUCACCACCUCAUCUACUAAAAGAAGUGAUACUUGUUGAUGAUUUUUCUGAUAAAGGUGCGUUAUCGGUAAUACAUUUGAAACAAGCACUUGAUGAUGAUAUUAAAUCAAUAAAAAAUGUUCGAUUAGUUCGUACAGAUAAACGUGAAGGUCUUAUACGUGCUCGUCUGAAAGGUGCUGUUGUUGCAAAAGGAAAAGUUUUGAUAUUUUUGGAUUCACAUUGUGAAUGUGCCGAAGGUUGGCUUGAACCACUCUUAGAUCCAAUUGCACGAAAUCCAAAAGUAGCUGUUGUUCCAUUAAUUGAAAUUAUUGAUGACUCGACAUUCCAGUUAAUUGGUACACCAAUACAAAAUAUACAAGUAGGCGGGUUUGAUUGGAAUCUUAUUUUUAAUUGGCAUGUUACACCUGAACGAGAAAUGAAAAGAAGACAAAAAAAGACCGAUCCAAUCAGGAGUCCAACAAUGGCUGGUGGUUUAUUUGCUAUUGAUCGAGAUUGGUUUGAUCAACUUGGUAUGUAUGAUCCAGGCAUGGAUAUUUGGGGUGGUGAAAAUCUUGAACUUUCUUUCAAGGUUUGGCAAUGCGGUGGUGAACUUUUGUGUGCACCAUGUUCACAUGUCGGUCAUAUUUUUCGAAAGCGUUCACCAUAUCAAUGGCCUAGUAAUGUUAAUGUUGUUAAAAAGAAUACGGUUCGGCUUGCUGAAGUUUGGCUUGAUGAUUAUAAAAAAUAUUAUUAUGAAAGAAUUUCGAAUAAUCUUGGUGAUUAUGGUGAUGUAUCUGAUCGAAUCAAAAUUCGUGAACGUCUUCAGUGUAAAUCAUUCAAAUGGUUUCUUGAGAAUGUCUAUCCUGAACAGUUUAUUCCAGGUGAAAGUUUAUAUUUUGGUGAGAUUCGAAGUCGUGCAAAAACAAGUGUGUGCAUUGAUUCACAAGAACUUGAAGAUGGUGAUAAAUCUAUUAUUGGUUAUCCAUGUCAUGGUCAAGGUGGAAAUCAAUAUUUUCUUAUGUCAAAAACAUUCGAGAUUCGUCGCGAAGAAAAAUGUCUAGAUUAUGCUGGUGGACAAGGUGAAUUAAAGAAACCAGGAAAAGUUGUCUCAUUUUCUUGCCAUUCAAUGCAAGGAAAUCAAAUGUGGAAAUAUGAAGAUGAUAUGUUGAGACAUGCAUCAGGUUUUUGUAUUGAAUUAUCACAAGGAAAUGAUAAAGAUGUAUUUAUGUCAAGUUGUGAAGCAACAAAUCAAUAUCAAAAAUGGUUUUGGAAGAAGCGUUUAAAUAAUUCAACAAACACAUAA